AACUUAGGAUCUUCACGAUAUGGGCGGUACAACAACUCUGACCUGCCAUCCCAGCGGCCAGUCUCCUACUCAGAGGUUUCGAAAUCCACAGGGUCUCUAGAGAUAGAUUACAAGAAGAAAUAUGAAGAAGAAAAGAUCGAGAACGAGAGACUCAGGAAAGAACUGGAGGAGACCAAGAAAAGCCUGCUGGAAGCAAAAGCAGAGCUAGAUCGACUCAUGAAACAGAAAGAUGCUGCUAGAAACUCUGAUAGGGAUAAGCGUGCUUUGGAGAGGAAAUUAUCAGAAAUGGAGGAGGAGCUGAAAAAAAUGGAAACCCUGAAAGCAGACAACCAAAGGUUGAAAGAUGAAAAUGGUGCUUUGAUCCGUGUCAUCAGCAAGUUAUCCAAGUAG